CCGCGCCCCUUCCUCCCGCGAGGCCCCGGGACUUGCCCUGGUCGGCCGGUCCGCGCGAUUGCUUCCUCUUCUCGCCGCCUGCCGCAGCGCCCGGCCGCCCCCCGCUCUGCAGCCCAUGUUGAGCCCGUAGCCCCUUGGGGAGGAGGGCGCUGGCCAGGCCCCGGGUGGGCAGCUCGCUCGCCCAGGUUCCCCAUCAUGGAAGCAAGCGGGUGUGCCCGCGGCCUUCGUCCACCUCAUUGAGUAGCCGAGACUUCACAGGAGUGCCCGUGGACGCCCUGGCUGGUCUCGGCUUGGCUGUCACGAAGGCAGCAUCGCCCGGGUGCUGAUUUCACUCAGGCCGGCACCAGCGGCGGCAGCUGGCCGGCAGGAGCUGCCCCAGCCUGCUGCCCCAUAAGUACCUAUGGAUGAUGGCAGGAAAGGUGAAGUGGGUCACUGACAUUGAGAAGUCGGUGCUGAUAAACAACUUUGAGAAGAGAGGAUGGGUCCAGGUGACAGAGAACGAGGACUGGAACUUCUACUGGAUGAGCGUGCAGACCAUCCGGAAUGUGUUCAGCGUGGAGACGGGCUAUCGCCUCUCCGACGAUCAGAUCGUCAACCACUUCCCGAAUCACUACGAGCUGACCCGGAAGGACCUGAUGGUGAAGAACAUCAAGCGAUACAGGAAAGAGCUGGAGAAAGAAGGGAGUCCCCUGGCAGAGAAGGACGAAAACGGGAAAUACCUCUACCUGGACUUUGUCCCGGUCACCUACAUGCUGCCGGCCGACUACAACCUGUUCGUGGAGGAGUUCAGGAAGAGCCCGUCCAGCACCUGGAUCAUGAAGCCCUGCGGCAAGGCCCAGGGCAAGGGCAUCUUCCUCAUCAACAAGCUCUCGCAGAUCAAAAAGUGGUCCCGGGACAGCAAGACGUCUACGUGCUGCGGCGGGGUGUCGCUGUCCCAGGGUUUCGGGCCCGGCUCCAUGCCGCCCCCCAGAAUCAUGGACGCCAGUCCCCAGCCGGCGUUGGGCCACAGCCGGGCUCCCCAGGCCGCCGGAGGCCGCAGGGCCGAGAUGAUUCCGAAGCUGCGUGGCCACGGCAGUCCCCCCCGGGAACCGACGCCCGGGUCCCCUCUGCUGCUCCGAGCGCUGAGCGGCCCGCACCCCACCAGGUACAAGCUCGGCUUCUGCCGCUUCUGCACGGUCAAGUACACCCCCAGCACCAGCGAGCUGGACAACAUGUUCGUCCAUCUCACCAACGUGGCCAUUCAGAAACACGGGGAGGACUACAACCACAUCCACGGGGGCAAGUGGACCGUGAGCAACCUGCGGCUCUACCUGGAGAGCACCCGCGGCAAGGAGGUGACCAGCAAGCUGUUCGACGAGAUCCACUGGGUCAUCGUGCAGUCGCUGAAGGCCGUGGCGGUGAGUCCGGGCAGUGUGACCCCCUCCGCUCCCCGCCUCGCCGCCCCCUCGGACGAGUGGGGGUCGCGCUGCCCCUCACGGGCGGCCCGGGCAGUGCACCCCACCUGCGGCGCCCCCCCCCGCCUCCCGUGCAGAAGCCUCGCUGAGCCGCUGGGCGGGGCGGGCCGGCAUCACCGUACCCCUCGGCGACACCCCUCUUCCAGGUACGACGAGGAGCUGGCCCAGGGCGACGGGCCCGAGCGGGAGCUGAGGGGCCGGCCGGGCCAGCCGCCGGGGUCCAGGGGGUUCCGAUCGCGGGACUCGAGCCGAGCCGUCCUCACCACCUGGAAGUGAGCGGAGUCGCCGCGCCCUGCCCGCCGCCCGCCGCACACCCGUUUUGGAACCUCCUUUUUCUAGUUAUUUUUCUCUUCUAGGCCCUGUACAUAAAUAAAGCGUUUCUUUGGGAGGUCA